AUGGACAAGGGACAAGAUCAACCAGCCUCAGCCUCGGCCGAAGAAAACCUAGCACUCAUCGAAGGUGUUCUCGAAUUCAUCCAGGGCAAUCUCAACAAUAUCGCCAAAACCUGGGGCACUUCCUCGACACAAUACAUUGCGGCUCGAGGCAUUAUGGAAAAAUACUUUGAUGAAAACUUGAAGAAGUUGAAGAUUGAUGGCGAGGAAGAGCACCUGAGUUUAGAUGAUCUUCUGGGCAAAAUGUCGCUAGAUGAGAAGGCUUCUUGA